AUGCUUGGUUGCUGCAUCUAUACUUAUGACAAAAAGAAUUCGUCGCCAUUUGCUAUGAAUACUGAUGUGCAACAUCAAAACAUACCUCGAGAAGUUGCUGCUGCUGCUGCUGACGAUGAUGAUGACGAGCAAAGCGAAGGAGAAUUGAGUUCAGAUAGUGAUAAUGAUGAGAUGCUUUCUCAAUCAACAAAUCAAAUCCCACAAACAGGUCAAUCUUGGACGAAUAUGUUAACGGAACGAAAUCUUUCGUCCAUAAUGUCCAAUGCUUUCGCUGAUAAUUCUCAAAUUAUUCAUAUCGACGAUCCUAUAGCUCAACAAAGUGCGAAUCCUUUAACAUACGUUUUUCCGCCGGGAACCAACGUCGAAGAAUAUUUCGAACGAAAACAAAAGCAAACCGAAAGCAAACCGAAACGAAAACCAACUCGCCGCGAUUUGAAAAAUCUUUCACAUUUGUUGAAUAAAGAAAGAAAUGAAGACCUUCUCCGUGCAAUUCUCGAUAUUAUCGGCUGCCGACGUGCAUUCCAAUACGCUCAUGAAGCCAUUCGCUUGCAUAAAACCAAUGAUCCAUCAAUCAUCAAAUCUGAUAAUGGACAAACUCGAACGCUAGGCGGAACUUAUUUUAAAAUGUUUCUGAGCGAUAAUGACAAUCAUUUGAUUACUCCGAGUGAACGCGAUGAAAUUAAAAAACGAAAUCAAGUUUUACAAAAAACGAAGAAAAAACAGAUGAAAAAACAAAAGAAAAAAUGA